AUGGAGCCCCGACCAGACCACCGUUUCGAUCCUUCCAGUCCGGAGGCCGCGAACUUACCGCCUCUGCCUGACGGUGUCAUGGACAGCGUUGACUGGAACGAUCCCGAAAGCGUCCUCGGGACUCUGAUGGGUGGUGGGUCUGGCACGAAUCUACCCAUUCCCAAGAAGGCUUCUCCCGAAGAAGUACGGUGGGAAUCUACGAGUCGAUCACAUGCUAUUUUCCAGUCUUUCGAUACUUUGCACGAUAUCCUUCAACGCCACGAAGCAACCAUUCAAAACCGGUGGACAAAGAGGACUAAGCAACAGAGGCUUAAGAUACUCCUGAAUGCAUGGCCAGGCCUUCCCGCUUCCCAUCGCCCUGACUUUGAAGCAUUCCGAAUAGAAUCACCACAACAGCGACAGGCUGGCACACGCUACAGGGGCGCCUUCAUGUGGCCCUACCUAAACCAGGAAGACCUCUCUAGACCAAGAACCCUCUUGUUGCUCCUUAAUGCUAGGGGCAGAAAUCACCCAAGUUGUUUCGCCGCUGCGGACAUUGAAGCAAUGCAUCUUGGCCGCGUCACUCAGGGAAUUGUCCCCAUUUUUUUGAAUACAUACACUGUUAUUUUGAAUGGGAUUUCAGAUCGCAGAAAGGACCACGAGUACGGCAAGCUGGUAUCAUGGGAAGAUGAUCUCGAUGCGUUCGACUGGAUGCAUACCAGGCGCCAGUUCAUCCCUGGCGAAGCCCUGCUUAUCCUUGAAGCUCAGGAACGCCUGAUGACUUUUCUUGUCGACUGUUGCAUGCAGAUCCUACACGACAUCCCCGUCGGCUUGCUUACCAGCGACUCUUAUCCAAUUCAGCCAGAACCACCAUCGAAAUCAGAGAACAAUGUGACGGGGCAUGCUUCACUGGCAGUCAUGGCGGCAGAAGCGCCUUAUCGCCUACCAUCAAAACUAGACCUCUCGAGGGUUUCGUCACUCCUCUCCGCCAUAACCAUUGCCAAAGAGGAUCAUCUGUGGUCCUUGCGAGAAGACCCUGGUUAUUUUCAACAAUGCCUGCUCGACCGCAGCGAGCAUCGUCUAGAAAUGGUUGCCGAUGCACAAGGGAAAAGGAACCCGAUCCUUCAUCCCCGUCACGAAGAUAUGUUUUGGAGUCGCGUCAUUGUCAGUGCUGUCAGUGACUGUUACAUCGAGCUUGAAAUAUUCGCCGCACUUUCGCGACAAGCGCAGCAUCUGCGUGAGUUGCAGUUGAAGUACGAGAGCCAAAUCACUCCCGAGGAUGAUCUUCCUGUGGAGUAUCUUGAUGCUAUGCUCGUGUUUCGAUAUUUUCUUACUCAAGCCGCAAAAGAACCAAUUGAUUCCCUCAAGUCAGAGGUCGCAGGAUCGCCGGCUUUUCGCACGUUGUUUUUUCGCCUUUCUCCAGACAAUUCCAACUCGUCCACCGCCGAGAUUCAGCUCAAAGGGGUCAAAAUAGGACCUGUUGAGGAACAACUGUUGUGGCUUUUCAGGAUCUUGUGGGAGGACGACCAGCAACUAUUCCUCCUUCAGAUGCCUCUGGUUGUUGACGAAUUGCAGAGACUGUUGGAUUCGGAGCCAAGGGCGAGAGAAAUGGUAACAGGACGCAUCAGUGAUAUUAUCGGAGAUCUAGCGAUCAUCUGUGAAUGUUUACGGCAGUUAGACACCUAUCUACCAUGGGCUCUUACAUUUGAGAAUCAAAUGGUCGGAAAGGAGAAGAACAUUCAAAAGCGUUAUCAGUUGACCUUGAACCCAACAAGUCGGAUGCUUGCUGGUUUCAAGGAGCGCAACGAAAAUGUGACGGCACAGUUGGGUAAGCCAGUUGGAAACAGGUUUGACUACCCAGUCUGGAGGCGUCGAAAUAAGGAAAACAUAGAGAUCAUGCGACGGUCCGAGGCCAACCUGGACGCCUUCUGGUCCUACGUCGACAAAAAGAUGGGGGGGAGGGCAACCGAUGUAACAAAGACGGCAGUAAUGAACCUCCUGACCUCCCGUACCUUGCAGCGGACGCCCGAGUGGACUGAUCCAAAGGCGUUGAACAAGCAAUCACCAAAGAACGAUAUUGAGUCCAUCACCAAACCUUUGUCGGAGGUUUACUUCGAGCUGGAAUCACGCACCUCACAGACGUUAUCUAGUACUGCGAGACGGGUACCAAAAGAAAAGAUUAAGACCCGCGGAGUUCCCUCGACCAGCACAGCGGACCAUCUCGCUGAGCCUCAAGCAAACCCAUUCGAUCCUCAACCUACCUUUGCCGUUGACAGUCGCGCUUUCAAGGUAUUCCGAACUCUGUUCUUCGUGCCUUCCGUGUCCGCCACGCCUGGUGAAGUGGGUUGGAACGACUUUGUACACGCAAUGACCUCCACAGGCUUCGCUGCAGAAAAACUCUACGGCUCAGUGUGGCACUUCACACCGACGAAGCUAGACGUUGAGCGCAGUAUUCAAUUCCAUGAGCCUCAUCCAUCUGGGAAGAUACCCUUUCGAGUUGCACGGAGACAUGGGAGAAGACUGUACAGAGCGUACGGGUGGCAUGGAAGUAUGUUUGUAUUGCAGGAAAAGACAACGGCAGUGCAUACCCCAAACGCAACAACAGCGAACUGA